UCACGCCGUGGAGCUGUAGUGGGGGAAGGGGUCGCUGGAGUUGACGGAGCCGCCAUCUUGAAAAGUGCCCUCCGAUCAUCCACCGUUUCGCGCCUGUCAGAAUCACUUUUAAACGCUUUAUUUCCCUUACCGGAAUCCGGUGUAUUUUCCUGGUGUACAUUCGUUAAGGCCCGGGGCUGAUGGCAACAUAAGCUACAUGCUGGAGACUCUCCGUUUGCCGUUGUCUACCGGUGUGUGCUGUUGAACUGCUGUAUGUGUGCCGUUUGUCAGUCUGUCCAUCACCGCUGUCUGCCUACCUGUCUGUCCAUCCGGCUAGCCUGGAAUGGGCCACAACUCCCAAAGACUAGGACACACCUCUUUUUAACCUGAGCUCCACUGUCUGGACUCUAACAUACUCACAGAGCCAACAUGUUUUGGAAAUUUGACCUCCACACCACAUCCCACAUUGACACGCUGUUGGAGAAGGAGGAUGUGACGCUGACAGAGGUGAUGGAUGAGGACGACGUCCUGCAGGAGUGCAAGGCCCAGAACCUCAAACUGGUCGACUUCCUGCUGAGACCACAGUGCAUGGAGGACCUGGUCACCUUCAUCACACAGGAACCCAGUACUGAUGUUGAGGAGAAAGUGAAAUACAAGUAUCCCAACAUAUCAUGUGAGCUGCUUACAUCAGAUUUGGGCCAGAUCAACGACAGACUGGGAGAAGAUGAGAAACUGCUGAUGAAACUGUAUGGCUUCCUCCAGAAUGAGCCGCCUCUCAAUCCGCUCCUGGCCAGCUUCUUCUCCAAGGUCCUAUCCAUUCUUAUAGGACGCAAGCCUGAACAGAUAGUAGAGUUUCUGCGGAAGCGGGAGGACUUUGUAGACUUGAUGAUCAAACACAUCGGGACAUCUGCCAUCAUGGACCUGCUGCUCAGAAUGCUAACCUGCAUCGAACCACAACAGCUACGACAGGACGUUCUCAACUGGCUGAAUGAGGAGAAGGUGAUUCAGAGACUGGUGGACAUGGUACAACCUUCUCAAGAUGAGGAUAGACACUCCAAUGCCUCCCAGUCACUGUGUGAGAUCAUCAGACUGAGCAGAGACCAGAUGUUCCAGGUCCAGGGCUCCUCAGACCCCGACCCACUUCUGGCUACACUUGAAAAGCAAGAGACGGUGGAGCAGCUGCUGUUUAAUAUCUUCGACAAGGAGAAGAAUGAAUCUGCAAUUGUCAGUGUUAUCCAGAUCCUCCUCACAUUGUUUGAGACAAGGAGACCAGCAUUUGAGGGUCAUAUGGAUUGCCCCCCUGGGAUGUCGCACCCUUCAUUCUCAGUCAACCACAGCAUCCUGGAGGCUGUGAGACCCCGACUCAAAGACUUCCACCAGCUGCUACUGGAACCCCCAAAGGCCAACGUGAUGAAGACAACAUGGGGGGUGCUGGACCCUCCUGUGGGUAACACCAGGCUCAAUGUGGUCAGACUGGUGGCCAGUCUGUUGCAGAGCAACACACACAGCAUCAACACAGAACUCAUUAACCUCAACACACUGGGAGUCAUACUAGAUAUGUAUUUCAAAUACAUCUGGAACAACUUCCUCCACAUUCAAGUGGAGAUCUGCACAGCCAUGAUUCUGGCUAUGCCCCCCGCCCCCACUGACAUCCAGCCAGACACGGAGCAGGAAAAUGCGAGGGAGAGCAUCCUCAUCAAACAUCUGUUUCAAAAGUGCCAGUUUAUACAGAGAAUCGUAGAGGCCUGGAGCUCCAAUGAGAAAGAACAGUCAGAAGGUGGUCGGCGACGAGGCUACAUGGGUCACCUCACCAGAAUAGCCAACUCUAUAGUUCAUAACUGUGACAAAGGCCCUAAUGGACCACAGAUACAACAGCUCAUCUCUGAGCUCCCAGCAGAGGACAGAGACAAAUGGGAGGCCUUUAUUUCUGGGCAGCUGUCUGACACAAACAAGAGAAACACUGUUGACCUGGUGAAUACACACCACAUCCAUUCUUCCAGUGAUGAUGAGGUGGACUUUAAAGACAGUGGCUUUCACCAGGACUCCUCUCUACAACAAGCCUUUUCUGAUUAUCAGAUGCAACAAAUGACGUCCAAUUUUAUUGAGCAGUUCGGCUUCAAUGACGAAGAGUUUGCUGAUCAGGACGAUGUUGUGGAUAUUCCCUUUGAUAGAAUAUCAGACAUCAAUUUUUCACUGAAUACAAAUGAAAGUGCAAAUAUAGCUUUGUUUGAGGCACGCUGUAAGGAGAAAAUCCAACAGUUUGAAGAUGCUGGUUCAGAUGAGGAAGAUAUAUGGGACGAAAAAGACGUCACUUUCGCACCAGAGGCACAGAGACGCCCCAGGAGUUCAGGCAGCACAGACAGCGAGGAAAGCACAGACUCGGAGGAGGAGGAUGUGAAGAGAGAUCCAUUUGAAGCUUCCAAUCCCAGCACCGAUGACCGAAUGGAAGUCGACACAGGGCCUGUUUGGACGGCCAACUUUGAUGACAUCCCCAUGGACACAGGUACGUCUACAGCUCCAGCCUCCAGCCCCAACAACCCCGCUGCCCCCCCUGCUGUGUCCUCCUCCUCCUCUUCCACAGAAGACCUCCCCGAUGCAGGAUGGAGCUCCACUCCUCCUGCCCCCUCCAGCACUGAAAUAGGCUGGGCUGAUUUCUCCAACUUCACCCCUGUCAGCCCCAAAGACCCUCUGAGGUGCAACUCUCCUGUUGCUAUGGAAACCAGCAUAGAGACAAUGGACCCUCUGGGGGUCAAUGCACCCAUGCAGCCUGAAGAUUGUGAUGGUUGGUUGGGUACCAGCGUGGCUUCUCCUUCUUCCACCUCAGCUAAGGAUUGUGGGAGAUCUAAAGCAGAGGAGGAAACAGCUUCUUGUGAGCAUCGCAGCAUCACCGAGACGGUCAUCAACGGCUCCAUGAAAGAAACGGUCAGCCUCACUGUUGAUGCCAAGACCGAGACCGCCGUCUUUAAGAGAGUUUUGAAAUCUUAUCGUGAUGAAGAGAAGAAUGCUUCUUCAGAGAAAUGCUCAGUAGUGGAGUGUGUGGAUUUGGAGAGAACAGGCGUCAACAGCUCAGCCGCAGCCUGCUGUCCCAAAACAGGCAGUGAGAAGUGUCGGCCCACUGCGGAGCUUCCCAACGGUCCUCUAGAUGAGAUGUCAGCCACAGAGGAGGCCAAACUGGACCAGAGUGCCGUAUCCUCAGAGCCAGCUGUAAAUGGGCCGGCGUGAGGGUUGCCUAAUGCCAGCCAAUGUCCAGCCUGUUCUGCCAUGCAGGGCCCCUCCUCCUGACCAGCCAGCGGAGGGCCACUACUCAGAGCUGUACCAAUCACACGCCCCCCCCACCAGGACCAGCAAUACUCCCAUUGGCUCACCACUGACGGACAGACAGGUGUACAGACACACGAUGAACUGAAAGCAAAAUGAGAGACAUACUCAAAUGGAUACAGAAUAAUUUUUUUUCUGCAUUUGUUUAUAUACUAUUGUUCUUAUGAGGUGAUGUGCGACUGAUAUCUUGCCACUCAAAAUUAAAUAGUAAUGUUGCUAUAGUUAAAGAAAUGAUUGUAUGAAUAAAAUAUUUUAUAAAAAGAAAAAUGUAUACAGAAACAUAAGAUGAAUUAACACAUAAAAACAGGAAUAGCUGAUUGGUGUCUCAACCAACCUUUAAGCUGUUGUUACUUGGCUGGAUCUGUUAUCCUGCGUACUUAAUACAACAGUUGCUCUAUUUAAAAUUGUCACCCACCAUUGGUCUGCCUCUGAGCGAAGCUGCUCCUACCAAUUGAAACACAUUUCAAAAAACACACUCAAAAGUUUUAUUUUGCUGCAGGUUAUUAUUAUUUGUAAAUGUUUUUUCUCUUGUAUUCUUCUGCAUUGAGUAAGAUUUGACACGCUUUUUUUGGUAUCAUUUUUUUUUUUUUUUAUUUAUUAUGGAAGUAAGAUGAUGGUUAUGUUUUGUUACUAAAGAGCCAUACCAACACACCCUCUCCUCUUCUAGCAGGCUGCAUUCAUGCUAACUGGGUUCCUACCUUGCAGCUAGAAGGCUAAACAGGAGUGAUACAGUAUGUCGUCACCACAGCCUGAACUGGGAGCUGUUCAUGCAUUCUGAGCUUGUGUUUUUAGUCCCAACUAAACUUCUUUAGAACCACAGUCCUCUUUGGCCCAAAACUCUCUUCUUUUUUUUUAUCUGAAGUGCUUUUUAGACCAGUGGUUCUUAAUUUGGGGGGGGUGGGUCUCCCUUUAGACCAAGUUCUCAUUGAGCAAAUUGCAGGUUGGAGAUGCAUCUAUACAGCGUGGCACAACUGUGAUUUCAGGCAGCUACAGCAUUUUAGAGAGCUUGGCAGGAGAGUUAAAGUCAAACUAAACACAAAUGAAAGAUUAUUCUGUGCUCAGCCUCGUGGGGCUAGGUGUGAUUCAGUCACUUUAUGAUAAGAAGAGGACUAUGUUACAAUUGUAAAUGUGGACAGUUGUGAAAUCAGCUGCUGAUCAAGUUCCAAGCGCAGGUGUUUAUUCUUAGUGGGCUUAGUGACAACGCACCAUGUCGGCCAAUCAAAUCAAUGUGCGCAUUCCUGGUAGAUUACUCUGUAAUCACUUGUUUACCUGCUAAUGUUGAAGGACAGACCCCCACCACCAGCAGACGCUAGUGUUUUGCUGUGAUGUUUAAUCCAGGAAGUCCAGUUUGAGUAAAGCAUCUAUGAGUUCAAAGCGUUAAGUGCUACUGUCAGUCUGAACGCAUCCUUGUUGCAUCAUUUUUUUUCUUUGAAUCACUACCUCUUCUUAAAAGUCCGCCUUCAUGAGGCGAUGGAUUGACUGGGAAAUUUGACUUUGAAUUUUCAAACAAACGUAAAAACCUGUCAAGGCUGUGUUCGGACAUAUUGUAGUUGCCUCUGUGUGUGUAUAUAUAUAUAUAUGGCCUUUUAGCUAUGGUUUGGUCUUCACCAAUUCUUGAGAAAAAUGUCUGGCUUUUGAGCAACUUUCUUUUCUUAGCAUUAUAAAUAAAGGACCAACUUUUGCGAUGGGCCAAUUGUUAGUCUACUGAUAAAAAAAAAAUGAUCGGCAGCAGAUCUGUUGCAGCAUUACUGCUGAAUAUCCGUCCACAGUAGAUUCACUUUGAGCCCUAAAUAGACCAUUUACCAACACAUCUAAAUGGUGUCUUUGUUGCUAGAAAUCACACUCCUGUGCAGCGCUUCCUUUUCCCUUCUUUCCAUGGAGCCGCUUCCUUUCUGCUCACCAAAUGUGACCCUUUUUAUUUUUUUUUUCCCCAUCUUGGUAUCAAUUGAUUCACUGGUUGGGAUUUGGUUCCAAAAGAAAAUGUAACUUAAAAUUUUCUGUACCAGCAUUGGAAAGGGAAGAGGCAAUUUACAGAUGAUGGUACAACCCACUUUUUGUCGGAUUAUGAAUUAAUUAAAUUUCAUCUUAAUUUCUGAA